AUGACCACCUAUAUACGGGCUCUCGUCUCCGGCAACAAGGCUCGCUUUCGCGAUGAAACCCUCAACGUCGACCUCGAUCUCGCCUACAUCACCGACCGCGUACUCGUGAUGGGGUACCCUGCCACCGGGCUCGAGGGCCUUUACCGCAACCGCCGCGAGGACGCGAAGCGCUUUCUCGACCACCGCCACGGAAACGAUUACUGGAUCUUCAACUUCUGCCCCGUGUCCGAGAACUCGUAUCCGGCCAGCUUCUUCGAUGGGCGGGUGAGCCGAUAUCCUUUCCCGGAUCAUCACGCUCCGCCGUUGGCGAUCCUGCCUCUCGUUGCUCGGGAGAUGAGAGCCUGGUUAGACGGAUCGCCUGAGCGCGUCGCAGUACUCCACUGUAAAGCUGGGAAGGGUCGAUCGGGAACCAUGGCCUGCGCGUACCUACUGUCCUUGGACGUCUCUCCGACUCCGCCACGAUUGCAACGCAGCGUAGCCCCUAAAGACUGGGUGCGGCAACGCGCCGACGAGUGGAUGGAAGUCAUGCCUGCCGACGCGGACGCCGAUCAGGUCGAAGCCAUUGAGACCGAGGAGAAGACGGGAGGGGACUCGGUUAACCAGCUCGAUACGAGACCUCCUUCUGCUUCCUCAGGGACCCAGAACAUCGAGAAUGGAGAGCCUGGAUCCGACGCUCCCGUCUCGAGUGGUCAGGGUCUCGAUGCUCCUCAAGCCGAGACGCCACGAGAGAUGUCAGUCUCGAGCAUGGAGUCCACUGGUUCUUCCGCAAGCACUGUCAAGAACAAGACCGUUGCAUCACCUCUUCUACAGGAGGUCCUUGCACUCCAUACCUCUCGACGCAUGCGACCAACCAAGGAUACCGAGAAGCCAGGAAAACCCGGCGUAUCGAUCCCAAGCCAAAGACGCUGGCUUCAUUACUGGUCCCUCGUCCUCGCUCAUGCAGCCCCUGCCAGCUUUUGGACAAUCCCGCCCAGCCCACCGCGCAAAGCGCGCAUCACCCGCCUUGUUCUCCGCACCCGCGAGCCCUCCAACCUCAAGAUGUCGCUCGUCCGCGCGGCGAACGCCGUUGUCGGCCGCACGGGCAUGGCGAAGACCCGCACGCACCAAGGCCAGGUGUGGGCAUCCCUCGCGCGGUACGAUGACGUGCUCGUGCGCACGCUGGAGGGCUUGGAGCGCGCUACGCGCUCGGAGGACGGGAUCAUGGGCAAACGCAAACCCGGGAGUGAGACAGAGGAGGUGGAGGGAUGUACGGUUGGGAACGUAUUUGGGGACGCGAGGUGGGAUAAGGAGAAGAUGGUGCGGAGCUUCGCGAGGAUGGGGAUUGGGUUGAACGGCACACCUGAGGAGCGGGGGGUCGUCAAGGCGGAGAGCAAGGAGGACGGGAAGCACUACGUGCAUACCCUUCGCCCACUCUCGGACGCAAGUUGGGUCAAGAUCAAGAAGCAGAUUAACGACGACAACGACGCGCAGCCCGAUACAGACUCGGUUGCUGCUCCUGGUGCCUACCCUGACAGCGACCCCGAGACGGACGUCGACACCACCAGUACGCGAUCGACAAAGAACGCGCCUGACGGCAUAGUGGUAGAGGCGAACCGCGAAGUUCGCAUCAAGUUAUACAUUGGACAGAUCUUCAUGGGGUGGUUCUGGUUUAUCCCUGUCUUCUACCUAUCAGAUCCGUCCUCGGGUUCGACGGCUGUCCGAUUCGUCCUCUCGCGCAAGGAGCUCGACUUUCCUUUGGGAGCGGGCGAGGCUAUAAUCGACAUUGCGAUAGAAAUAGAAUGGCUAUCUCGAGCGGAAGCGUCCACGACCGUCGAGCAAAGUUCGCAGCCACAGCAAGCGACUGAAGUCAGCCUAUAG